GGAAAGCAGAUACUCCUGAUUGGCUGAGAGGAAAAUGGGAGGGGUGCACAACUGAAGCUGAUGCUCUGGAGAAACAUUUGUGUCCCAUAAGUGCAACUGUCUCACUCUUCAUGACAAAAGGUUUAGUAGAAAGUAAAUUCCAUCAGCUGUAGCCGAGGCCUAAAACACCACCAACAUGUCAAGCAAGCGAGCAAAGGGGAAGACCACUAAGAAGCGCCCUCAGAGGGCCACAUCAAAUGUGUUUGCCAUGUUUGAUCAGUCACAGAUCCAAGAGUUCAAGGAGGCAUUUAACAUGAUUGACCAGAACCGAGAUGGAUUCAUCGAUAAAGAGGAUCUUCAUGAUAUGCUUGCCUCUUUAGGUAAGAACCCGUCUGACGAGUACCUUGAGGGCAUGAUGAGUGAAGCACCAGGCCCCAUCAACUUCACCAUGUUCCUCACCAUGUUUGGAGAACGGCUUAAUGGAACCGACCCAGAGGACGUCAUCAGGAACGCCUUUGCUUGCUUUGAUGAAGAAGGAUCUGGUUCCAUUCAUGAAGAUCAUCUGAGAGAGCUGUUGACCACCAUGGGAGAUCGUUUCACAGAUGAAGAGGUGGACGAGCUUUUCAGAGAGGCUCCCAUUGACAAAAAGGGCAACUUUAACUAUGGCGAGUUCACCCGUAUACUCAAACACGGGGCCAAGGACAAAGAUGACAUAUAGACAAUCACAGACAUACCGCUACAGCUGGACAGCACAUUGCAAACACGUACACAACAGCUGGAUAAUCAUGCAUAGAUACAGCUGCAAUAAAGCAUUUCAAUGUUUUGCCUUUUUA